GCAUUCGCGUAAACCCCGCUGACCUCGAUAAUCGCACGAUAAGAAAUCUUCAAUUGAGUCUAAACUUGAAGCAUUAAAAUGUCGAAUUAAUCUCGUUAAUUUGAUUCACUCCGGACUAUGACACGAUUAUAAUGUGUCCAGAAACGGCACCAUAAAGUUGUUCUCAUACUCGACUCAACAAGAUGCCACCAAUUCAAAUCCCAGCCGCCUCGUUGCGAUGCUGUCUCUUAUCGACGACCCUCACAUCUACGCCUACAUACACACUCUCACAUGCAUCAACUACCUCCCAAACGCCGAUACACAACACAAUCCGUGGCCUUAGUACGACAUCACCUCUAUCGCGCCAGCGACCCUCGUACCUAUCCGUCCCUCCGGACCUGAUCCCCGACUACCCUUACGGCCCUUUUCGGACAUAUAAGCAAGCGAACCAAGGUCUAUUCGGCGGCCAAAAGACCCGCUACGGUAACGUUGUAGCCGAGAAGUACGGCAACAAGUCGCGCACCAGCUGGCUACCUAAUAGACAUAUGAAGCGCCUCUGGUCGCCUAGCCUAAACGCCUUCAUCCGCACUCGCAUGACCACCCGCGUUCUACGGACGAUCGACCGUCUCGGCGGUAUCGACGAGUACCUCUUAGGUUCCAAGGCACAGAGGAUCAAGGAGUUGGGCCCCGCCGGCUGGGCUCUUCGCUGGAAGAUUAUCCAGACUCCUGCUAUACAGGAGCGGUUUGCUCGGGAGCGUGCCGCGAUGGGUCUUCCGCCGAAAGAAGUGGAAACUAUCGAGCUUCCUAGCGAACUUGCCGCCGAAGGCUUCACGUCUAAUUCCGUGCUGACGGAGGUUGAAGAGAUGAUAGAACGUGAGGAUGAGUUUGUUAUAGGCGAAAUAAAGGAAGGCGAGGAAGUGGUAGUUAAAGCAGAUGCGGCCGAGGAAGUCGCUAAGGAGGUUGACUUCAUGAAAGAGGAAAAUCCGAAGGAGAGCGAGAGCACGAAGACGCCAGGGCCAUAACCCGACUCAUAUCUGUCUACCUUCCUCAAUCGAAGACUGAUGUGGCCAUCUUUAAAAUCAAGGGAACAUAGGUGGCAUUGAACCGUGCAAACCAGCUUGUAAAAAAUCCAUCUAGAUACAGAUUUAUAAAUGUAGCCCAAUACCAUGUAUCAUAUACCAUGCUCUCUAUUUUUGAUAUCCCUCGC